AUGGACGAUACCAAGCCAUGGGGCUAUCAAUGGCGUUCGUCUCGAUUGUUGGUGGUUUCGUCCAUCACUGUUGCCCUAUUCGCAGAGACAUUUCUCUACGGAUUUCUUACUCCGAUCUUGAGUUAUAUGCUUGAAGAACGACUGCAUCUUGAUCCAUCGCAGACUCAGAACUACACCACAGCAUUACUCACCACCCAUGGAUUCAUUGGUCUCAUCUCUGCUCCGAUUGUCGCUUACCUUGCCGAGAAGACUCCGAGCCAAAAGAAGCCACUAUUGAUCGCUCUGGCAGGAUGUUUCCUGGGAACUCUUAUUAUUGCUCUUGCCCCAUGUGUUUGGCUCCUCUUCGUUGGUCGCAUCCUGCAAUCUAUGGCGGGUGCCGCCACUUGGGUGGUUGGAUUUGCUCUAUUAGCAAAUAACGUGGACAAGAAGCACCUUGGACAGUCUAUGGGGAUGGCCAUGUCAUUUGUAACUGCAGGAAUGGUCGGUGGACCAACAGUGAGUGGCGCAAUGCUCCAGUUAUUUGGCUACUGGGCCGCCUGGUCACUUCCCUUGGUUGUGCUUGUCUUGGAUAUCGUUGCCCGUCUGGUAAUGAUUGAGCCUGGACUCGAAUCAAAGAAAAACAGUUCCUCGGGCAAACCUACUAGCAAGUCAGUUCUCAGCAAUGACGGGGGACCAGAGGAAUCGACUGCUCUGCUUUCUGAUACGCCUUCUCCCAUCGAGGCGGAUGACUGUGGAGAGGAAAACAAGCACGACCUUAAGCAUGAAUACUACAAAGUCAUGCUCACUGAUCCGCGUGUUCUGACUGCAUUGGCGAACGUGGUUGUUGUCGCCUCUCUCAUGUCCGGCAUUAACAACACCCUCCCUGUCCACCUGAGACAAGCAUUCGGUUGGAAGAGUUUGCUCAUCAGUAUGAUGUUCUUCUGUCUCCAAGUCCCGAACAUCGUGCUUAGCGGCCCAUCUGGAUGGCUUCGUGAUCGAAUCGGAAUUCGAGGACCUACCGUUUUCGGCUGGCUUGCGCUGAUCCCUCUAAUCCUCCUUCUGGGAAUUCCCGGUGACUCCCACUUUCCAUGGGCCGGAGGGGAUGCAGCUGGCAAGUCUAUCUUCACCAGCAGUUUGAUUGCUUUGGGUAGUAUUCUACCUCUUGUGCGCGGUGUAGGAGCCGUGCAACUAGCCUAUGUUGUCAAGGACAUGGAGGCUAAAGACGCGCAUCUAUUCGAGGCCAACAGAAGCAACCUGCGAGUCUUUUCCAUGACUGAAGUCGGAUUUAGUCUUGGUAUGAUGAUUGGACCCUUGUUAACUGGCUCGUUAUUUGAAUGGGUCGGCUUCUUUUACAUGACUGUGGCACUAGCUAUUACCUGCCUCAUCCAGGCCGUGAUUUCCUGGCGUUGGUUGGAUACCCUGCCCUCACCCUCAGCUCCCGAAGCUUCAGUUUAA